AUGAAGCAGGUAGGCAAGAAGAAACACGUCCGUGCUAUGGCAAUGCUGAUGGCGGCUGUCUUGCUCGCGGCAAGUGACUGGAGUGUUCUUGCAACACAACGACCCUCAAAGGAAAAGACAGGCUGGAGCAUAUCGGUGCAAACGGCUCUGAGACUCAGAGGAGGGAAACGGAGGAGGAUAAGAGAGCCUAUCACAGGAAUCCUGUCAGGGCUCAAGGAACGAAGCCCCAAGAGCCCUUACUACUAUGAGCAGCGAGAGUUGGCCGCGGAAAUGCGGAAGCAUCGCAAGAAGAGCAAGAGGAAGGAGAAGGAGGUUGACUGGGAGAAGGAGCUGAGGGAGAAGAGAGAAGGUCUGAUCGAUCCCAAGAAGCUUCCCGACGAGAAGAAGUUUGGAAAGAAGAGAAAGAAGAGCAUGAUGGAAGACCUCGCCUACCUGCAGAGGAACAUGUCUCUACGUCAGGAGAAGACGCUGAGUGACGCGGGGAUCACGCUCGACAGCCUGAUGGAGACGAGGCCGCAGUUUCACCUGAUGAACCUGACGAAGACACAGCUGAUCGAGCUCGGCGGGGUUCUCACCAAGCACUGCGAGGUGGUGAACGACUGGAUAGACCGCAAGAGGAAGGGGGAGGAGACGGGGGAGUUCGACGAGGUCAAGGACGAGAAGACGAAGCAGAGGCUAAGGCUUUUCGACGCCAUCGAGUUCGGAAACCUGAAGCAAUUCUUAUCCGCCAUUGAGCUGGGAGCGGACGUGAACUCUUGCUAUCAGAACGAGGAUCUUCCUCAGCAGUUGGGCAUGAGCCCGCUGCAGCUCGCGUGCUCGCUGGGUAGGCGAGAGAUGUGCCGCAUCCUCCUCGAGCACGGAGCCAACGCAACAUUCCGCGACCCUCGAAUGGAGACUCCCCUCCACUACGCUGCAAUGAAAGACGACGCUGAGGUGGUGAGGAUGCUGACAGCAAAGGAGGUCCCUGUCAAUGUUCGCAACCUCCACAGCUACGAUCCCUUGUACGCCCUCGUCCUCGUCCUCGUCCUUGUCCUCGUCCUCGUUGUCUUCGUUGUUUCAGCUCUCCUCAUACCUUGCAGGCACCUUGCAGCUGGCUUGGGAAACGUCAAGGUUGCAGCGGCGCUGCUUGAUGCGGGGGCGAAUUUCAGUCGGACUGUGAAGCCUUGGCGGGAGCCGGGGAUGGAGUUUCUAAAGGGGAUUCCAUGCUUCAAUCCAAACUCAUGUGCGGUUGCUGUUCUAUGCCAUCAGGUGGAGGUCGUCGAGCUCUUCCGGGCCCGGGGGAUACUCCCGAAACAUCUCGAGGCUUAUAGGUGA